AUACAUUUCUACUUUUCCUCAUCGUCUGCUCCUGACUUUCCUCUACAGCAGCGCUCUCCAUGGCUGGGGUCAAUGAGACGGUGGUGAGAGAGUUUGUCUUCCUGGGCUUCUCAUCUCUGGCCAGGCUGCAGCAGCUGCUCUUUGUUAUCUUCCUGCUCUUCUACCUCUUCACUCUGGGCACCAAUGCCACCAUCAUUUCCACCAUUGUGCUGGACAGGGCCCUUCACACUCCCAUGUACUUCUUCCUCGCUGUCCUCUCUUGCUCUGAGACCUGCUACACUUUCGUCAUUGUACCCAAAAUGCUGGUUGACCUGCUGACCCAGAAGGAGAGCAUCUCCUUCCUGGGCUGUGCCAUCCAGAUGUUUACUUUCCUCUUCCUUGGCUGUUCUCACUCCUUCCUGUUGGCAGCCAUGGGUUAUGAUCGCUACGUGGCCAUCUGUAACCCACUGCGCUACACAGUGCUCAUGGGACAUGUGGUUUGUGUGAGACUAGUGGCUGUUGCCUGUGUCUGUGGCUUCACUGUCUCCCUGGUCACUACCUCCCUGGUAUUUCAUCUGCCCUUCCACUCUUCCAACCAACUCCAUCACUUCUUCUGUGACAUCUCUCCUGUCCUCAAGCUGGCAUCUCAGCACUCCCGCCUGAGUCAGAUGGUCAUAUUCAUGCUUGGUGUGUUUGUCCUGGUUAUUCCACUGUUACUUAUCCUGGUCUCCUACAUCUGCAUCAUCUCUGCCAUUCUAAAAAUCCCUUCCUCUGUGGGAAGGUACAAGGCCUUCUCCACCUGUGCCUCCCAUCUCAUUGUGGUCACUGUUCACUAUGGUUGUGCUUCUUUCAACUACUUAAGGCCCAAGUCCAAUCACUCUUCAAGCCAAGACACUCUGAUAUCUGUGUCUUACACUAUCCUCACUCCAUUGUUCAAUCCAAUGAUUUACAGUCUAAGAAAUAAGGAGUUCAAGUCAGCCCUUCGAAGAGCAAUGGGCCAGACUUCAUUUCCUGUUAAUUAAACAGCCAAUUUUAACUAUUCAGUUAAUUGUGUGCCUAUUAUGUGCCAAGCAAAAAGUGUGCUUUCACACAUUUUCUCAUUUAAGUGUCCAACUGCACUGUAACACAAGGACAUUUUACAUAAGAGGAAAAUAAGACUGCAAGAAGUUAAGAAGCUCUAGCUUUCUACUGUCGGUAGUAUGGUCUCUAAC